CAGUACCACUGCAACUUGUGCGUUGGAGCGAUAGAAACGUAUUAUUAGUGUGUACGUUGGUCGAAGACGCAGUGUGGAAUUGACGGAAGAUUUCUAGCUGCGUUGGAAUCAUGAGCACGGUCGUGGUUGGUGAUCUACGCCACGAGAUGGACGAGAAUGUGAUUGCUACUUCGACGACGGUGAAGCGGAAACCGAGCACAGGCGCACCAAGGCCUGCUGACAUCAAAACACGUUUUCUCAUUCGAACAUUGCCGAGGGAUUGCAACCCGACGCCGGUUCCUACUGGUGGAUCGAGCGCCAGUGCCUCGGGGCUGCCGUCUCCAGUAAUGAGCAAGAUCGGUAGGCAAGAGACUGAUCUGGAGACCCUGCAGCUCGAUAACCCGUUCGAUGACAUCACAGAGGAAAAACUAAAACAAUUGACAGGAGGACAAGAUCUGGAACGCGUUACUUCGCUGCAGAUAUCGGUCGACUCGACGAAACAAUCGGUUGAAGUGAUAGGAGAGCUCUUGCCGUCUCUACGGCAAUUACGAUUGCAACAGAGCAAUCUCAGCAGUUUUAGGGAUCUAGGGACGUCGCUUCGUUCAUUGAGGAUUCUCUGGGCAAUGCACUGCCAGAUCUCCGACCUCGACGGUAUCGGAGCGCUAAUGAACUUGCAGGAGCUGUAUUUACAGCACAACAAUGUGAGUGAUAUCAGUCCGUUGACGAUGCACGAGGAACUUCGUGUGAUUGAUCUGGAAGGGAAUCAAAUCGCUGAUAUUGGCCAGAUCGAACAGCUCGCCUUUUGUCCGCAGCUCACAUCACUCAACUUGACUGGAAACCAAAUUGAGAAUGUCAAUUACUACCGCCAGAUUGUUGCCAACUUCGUUCCACAACUAGUGUCACUGGAUGACAAAGCAUUGUCCGACAGCGAGAGGUUCAAGCUUCCAGACUCAGAGAUUGACAUUGCCAUCCAGAAAUACCGAGAUCAUCUUCAAAAUGCAUCGACCAAUGAAGCAGCAGCGAUAGUGCUGAACGAGAUCAGUAGCCCCCGCCAACUUUCAUAUUCUUCAAGCACAACUAGUCUGAAUGGACUCACUGGCGAUUCUCCUCGUACUGAUGACUCGGGUAGCCGCCUAACUCAUGGAACAGACAUCGUGUUCGCUGGAAAUGUCUCGAGUGCUUUACGUCGACAUCGACAUGAGGCCGAAGCGGGGUCAGCUAACGAUCUGAUAAGGUCUAUUGGAGGUAGCUCUGAAGACUCUACAACUUCUGUUACCUCGCGUCUUCCAUCGAGUCAUGGACUAGUAGAACGUCCAAAGACACCAGCACAACGAAUUUCUAUCACCGACACACUUGAUCGAGCUCGAGAACUGGACACUCACAAGCACAAGUCGCGUGAAUCUAUCCUUGACGAGCUUAAAACCUGGCAACUUGACAGUGUUGGGACGUCACAAAUCGGAGUUCCCCGUGACGCCAACGAAGCUUUUUGUCGCGAAAACAUCGCAUCGAACCGCAGCAGAUCUCGUCGAAAAGGAAGUGUCGACGGAGUCAUUGGCAGUGAGGCGGCCAUUGCCGCAACUCGAGCACGACUGGAACGUCGACCUAACACUUCAGCUGGGGUUUUGCGUAAUGGCGUCAACGUCCGAGAAGAUUUUGUCGACAUGGCACGAGGGUCAAGUAAUAGUUCACGGUCAAGUUCUCGAGGAGGAUCUUCAAACUGUCGUGGGCCUUCGGGCACUGGUAAUGUCGACAUCCUCAUUUUAGAUGGCAGCGAUGACAAGCGCCCAUGUUCAUCUACUAAGACACCCAGAGGUAUCUUCACGACAAGUUCCAGCUGUACGAAGGCUCUUGGACACCAGCACGACUGGAAUUUAGAGGUGCUCUCCCCAAAAGUGGACAUCUCAACAGCUAAACGCCAUCUUCCUACUUCGCUGAGCAGUAAACAACUUGAGCGCUCGCAAAGACAAAAAGCUGAAGACAACGAUGAUUCCAGCGACGAUGAGUAAGUAUCCCGUUAAGCAUCUGUCCAGCCGUGGCAAGCGAAUUCAGUAGUCCGACGCCAAUACCCAAGACAGCAUUCUUUAAUGUGGUCGAGAGCUUGAAUGCGAUUGAAAAGUGGAGAGACGAAAUGGAGUACGACGCAGAAGAUAGCGCCAUCUUGAAUGUUGCUAGCCUUCAGAGCUGUCUUUCUCCACGCAAUACCGACUCGGCAAUGGAAAGUACAAGUGUCAGUAUCUACGAGAAUACAGACGACAACUGUAGCAACCAGCAAAGCUCACCAACUCGUCAACAGCAACGCCAGAACUUGACGCUUGGUCCUGGAAACAAUGAGAGUGAUCACCAACUGGUUCAGUUCUUAAGAGACAGACAUGGUCAGCUCAAAACCCGCGACGGCUUUCGAUCAUUCUUCCGCGGCAUCGAGAAGGAGCGUCUGGAGAAUAUUCUACGUCAAGCGUUAGCCGAUCAUGACAAAGUGAAGCGUCGAAUGCAGCUCAUGAAUGGGUUCUUCCGCCACGAAGUACAAUAGGUUGAGAACGAAUACAUAAUAAAAACACGUACAAUCUGUUGGAUA